GCAGCAAACUCUCAAUCCAACCGGGGAGGAGAUUUAAGCGUUACCGACGGCUUCCCGUCGAUCUCCACUCUGAAUCACCAGUCAACUGGGCUGUCUGGACAAGAGGGAGUCCCACAGACCCGGUGGUGCUGGGCUAGAGCGUUAUGGCUCAGACGCUACAGAUGGCGAUCCCUAACUUUGGCAACAACGUGUUGGAGUGUCUCAAUGAGCAGAGGCUCCAGGGGCUCUACUGCGACGUCUCCGUGGUUGUCAAGGGACACGCCUUCAAGGCGCACCGGGCGGUCCUGGCGGCCAGUAGCUCCUACUUCCGGGACCUGUUCAACGCUGGAGGGAAGAGCAGUGUGGUGGAGCUACCCCCGGCCGUCCAGCCCCAGAGCUUCCAACAGAUCCUAGCCUUCUGCUACACAGGCCGCCUCAGCAUGAACGUGGGGGACCAGUUCCUCCUCAUGUACACCGCAGGCUUCCUGCAGAUUCAGCAGAUCAUGGAGAAGGGCACAGAGUUCUUCCUUAAGGUCUCCUCCCCUAGCUGUGACUCCCAGGGUCUUCAUGCAGAAGAGACUCCGCCGUCCGAGCCCCAGAGCCCCGUCACUCAAACCACAGGGGGAGGGGCUGGGGUGGUUUCCUCGGCAGCAUGUAGGCCCGCCUCCUGCCUGACACCCCUCCCCCUGGUGUUGAGGGUGAAGACGGAGCAGAGCGGGACUACGCCACAACCCACACCACAGUCACAGCAGCAGGAGGCCACGUCCUACUCGGUGGUGUGCAGCCCUGUUGCCAAGCGCCUGUGGGAGGGGGGCAACCGCGGUGACGGGGGAGGGGGGUCGGGAGGAGGGGGGUCCAGGAAAGCCGCCCGCUACUCUUCCUCCUCCGCCUCAUCAAACAACUGCAACUCCCAAGAUGCAAUGGGCAGAAAUGUUGUUAACCACAGUAACCAUAACAACAACAACAACAACAGUAACCAUAACAGCAGCAGCGUGGGGACGCCGGACGGAACGAGUCCGGGGACGCUGAGCAUAUACACCAGCGACUCGCCCCUUAGUUACCACGAUGACGAGGAGGAAGAGGAAGUGACCGACGACAGCGCCGAAGAGCAGUACAGGCAGAUCUGUAACAUGUACACAAUGUACAGUAUGCUCAAUGUGGGCGCCACAGUAGCAGGCGAGCGUGUGGAGUCCCUACCGGAGCACCUCACGGCUGAGACCCGGGGCGGCAGGGGGGUGAGGCUACGCCAGGAUCUGGCUUCGCUACCUGCCGAACUCAUCACCCAGAUAGGUAACCGGUGCCACCCGCGGCUGUACGAGGAGGGUGACCCUGCAGAGAGGCUGGAGCUGGUGACGGGUACCUCCGUGUUCAUCUCCCGCGCCCAGCUCAUGAACUGUCACGUCAGCGCCGGCACGCGGCACAAGGUCCUACUGAGGAGGCUGCUGGCCUCUUUCUUCGACAGGAGUACUCUAGCUAACAGCUGUGGGACGGGGAUCCGCUCGUCUACAAACGACCCCAGCCGCAAGCCCCUGGACAGCAGAGUACUGCACGCCGUCAAGUUUUACUGCCAGAACUUUGCGCCGAGUUUCAAGGAGAGCGAGAUGAAUGCCAUCGCGGCUGACAUGUGCACUAAUGCCCGCCGGGUCGUCAGGAAGUCCUGGAUCCCGAAGCUCAAGCUCCUCAUGGCCGAGGGUGACGCCUACUCCGCUUUCCUCCAAUCAGACGCCGUCAAGAUGGAGGCCGAUGCCCUGGGGGCGGAGCAUGGGUUCGACCCCAACUCCUUGGCAGAAGAGGCGGCGGCAGCCAAUAGCGAUGCGGGACCUUCUUCG